AUGAAUAACAAAAUUGGUUUCUUCUUCAUUCAACUUCUUCAUUUUCACGUUGAUAGUAAGCAACUCAAGGUUUCAAUCAAUGGAGUUCACCAUUGCUUAGACAAUGGUUGGAGAUCACCCACAGAAGAAUGGAAAACAUGGGUUAAAAAGUUACAACCAAAGUUCGAGUAUUUAUGGAUACUAACCGGAAUAUACGAUGCAAUCAAAGCUUCCACGUAUGAAAUCAAAAGAGAUGAUGAGUUGAUUCUCGAACUUGCUAAUAGAUGGUAUCCCAAGAGAAAUAAAUUUGUUUUCCCUUGGGGAGAAUCAACAUUAACUUUGGAAGACAUUAAGGUUUGUUUUGGUUACUCUAUUUUGGGUUGUUCUGUUUCUAACCCUCUUAUGAACAGUGAACAAGUAAAAGUAGAAAAGGAGUUAAUAGAAGCAAGGAGAAUGUUUAACCGUUCUAAAGCUAAAAUAGUGAAUCAAAAGGCUUGGAUGAUGUAUUUUAUGGAGAGUGAAACCAAAGUAGAACAUGAAGCUUUUCUGAUUUAUUGGUUAUCAAGGUUUGUUUUUCCUGCAAGUGCAUAUGAUACCAUUUUGAAAAGUGUUAUUCCUAUUGCAAUACAUUUAGCUCAUGGAAACAGAAUAGCUCUUGCACCUUCUGUUUUAGCUAAUAUUUAUUGGGAUUUGAGUUUACUUAAUAGCGUCAUUACAAAAAAUGCCACAACAAUCAAGAAGAGUUUAACAGUAAAUAUUUGGGCUCCUUUUCAGUUGGUUCAAAUAUGGGCUUUAGAGAGGUUUUUAGCUCUUAAUCCACGCCCUUGUACCAUAGGGAAUGGUUUACCAAAAGUGGCUAGAUGGGGUGGAGUUAAGGUAUUGAAAAAUAAAAACUUGAAAAAGGACUUUGAUAUUGCAGGAUUUAGAAAUGGUUUUCUGUGGCAACCAUAUGAGAAUUCAACAUCGGUUGGGGAUUAUAAUGAAAAAGAUAUGUUUACAUGUUAUAAUCCUUGGUGGAAGAAAUCGAAAUCAAGCAAGGAAAGAGAUAACAAGAGAGUGAAGGUAGAGCAACAUAAAGUGGAAGGUUCUAAUGAAGAGAGUCAUUUUUAA